GCGUUGGGGUCUGCUGCAGUCAGUACCCGAGUCUGCGGAUGCACGUGAGCUGCUUACCCUUCUUCUUCUUGCCGCCGUCAGCCUUGGACUUGGGCGCGGCCUUGCGGGUGGUCUUCUCCUUGGGCAUGAUGGUGGCUGAGUGGUGUGUAUAGCUACGGUUCCUUGUUAGCUGCUAAUUGCAUUGCAAGCAGCGGGUAGUUAAGAGAAAGCGUGGCAGGAAGGCAUGAUGGCUGAUGGUGAGAUUGAGAAUGCGAGUAUAGGCCACAGCUAGUGUUUUCGCCUGCAAACAGAGUAGUGUUGUGAGUGGGUAAUGGUGGUGCAGCGCUGCUAUGCGCGUGAGGUGACGCGGUCGCAAAACACCACAACACAACGCGAUGGUGCGCGAUUUUCGGGUAAGAGAAGGUGUGGGUACUUACAGAAGCUGCUAGAUGGGUGCAAAUUGGAAGCGUUGACUGUGGUCUGUUUUGCGGUCAGUAUGUGCGUGGUAGUGGGUGCUGGCGACGGCGAUGAAGAAUCGACUGAAGGCAAUGACGUUCAGAAGAUGGAAGAAAGAAGGCUGGGAGAGUCCUGGUUGGGGCAAUUGGACCGGGGAAACGCGUGGAAAAAGGGUGUGGUUGCGAAAAGUGGUGCUGGUGAUGUUGCGACUUCGUCAAAAUGCAGGCGGACUCACCAAACGUCUUUGCGGGCGAAAGUUGUAUGGGCGGCGGAUUUGUUAGGGGAGGAAUUGGGUGAGGGCUCAGCAGCACAUUUUGUGAGAGGGAAGGCGCGCCCUCCCCCAACAACAAGGCCCGCUUACCUAAGGUGCGAACGAGGCAGGCACGCUUGUUUUGCUACUGCCAUAGCACACGCACCCGGACCACGACCCCUCCUCCACCCAGCCGAUGCUGCGCUCCCUCACCGCAUGAGCUGGAUGCGGACGCCAGCCACCGUGGACAGCUUCAUCGUCGCUUCUCUGCUACUCGCACUGCAGUCCAGUCUCUAGCAGACGUGUCGGUGUUGCCCAGGUGUGGUCGGAGGUGCUCGCUCUGCUGCGGGCUACACGGCGCAUCCCUGGGCGCGGAGGCGCUGCCCUUCGUUCUUUCCUGGCGAGUUUCAAGUUUGGUUAGAUUGCACGCAGAAGCACACGGUCUACCAUUCGUUGGACGCAUCCAUCAGAAGCGGCCCUUGACGUUAUCAUUCAUAGCGCGGCUGGCUGAUGUUCUUCCCCGAGCACCAAAGCACCCAGCAUCCAGUCCCAGUCGCCCAACCUGCCCGCCCCUCAGAGCAUCCGCCUGCAG